CCGUGUCACCACAAACAUCGUCGUCGGUCGUCGCGAGUGAAAAAAAAAGUACUUUUCACUGAAAAAUGUGUAAAUUUUCUUGCUUUUCGUGAUAAAUUUCGCGUGAAAACUCGUUUUCAGGUGGUUUACGCUGCUUCCGGGAGUGUGCCGGUGCCGGAGAAGAUUAAAUAACUCGACGAUUUCGUGCUCGAACCAGGUUAAUUGAUAAGCAAUGUCGUCAUCGGCGAUUUUUAUCUUGGACGCCAAAGGGAAGGUCCUCAUCUCGCGCAACUAUCGCGGCCACAUCGACAUGGGCGUGAUCGACAAGUUCAUGCCGCUGUUGAUGGAAAAGGAAGAAGAGGGCCUGAUUACGCCGAUUCUCCAAACGCCGGAGUGCACCUUCGCGUACGUCAAGACCAACAAUCUGUACCUGGUGUCGGUCACGCGGAGCAACGCCAACAUUGCGCUGGUUUUCGUGUUUCUCCACAAGGUCGUGCAGGUCUUCACGGAGUACUUCAAGGAGCUGGAGGAGGAGAGCAUCCGGGACAACUUUGUGGUCAUUUACGAGCUGCUCGAUGAGUUGAUCGACUUUGGCUACCCGCAGACGACGGACAGCAAGAUCCUGCAGGAGUACAUCACCCAGGAGGGCCACAAGCUGGAGAUCCAACCGCGCAUUCCGAUGGCCGUGACGAACGCGGUCUCGUGGCGUUCCGAGGGAAUCAAGUACCGCAAGAACGAGGUCUUUCUGGACGUUAUCGAGAGCGUCAAUUUGCUGGCCAACGCGAACGGAAACGUCCUGCGAAGCGAAAUUGUCGGCGCCAUCAAGAUGCGCGUCUACUUGUCCGGAAUGCCCGAACUCCGGCUCGGUCUCAACGACAAAGUCCUCUUCGAGAGCACCGGCCGCGGCAAGUCCAAAUCGGUCGAGCUGGAGGACGUCAAGUUCCACCAGUGCGUGCGCCUCUCGCGCUUCGAAAACGACCGGACCAUUUCGUUCAUUCCACCGGACGGCGAGUUCGAGCUGAUGUCGUACCGGCUCAACACCCACGUCAAGCCGCUCAUCUGGAUCGAGUCGGUGAUCGAGCGGCACGCGCACAGCCGCGUCGAGUACAUGAUCAAGGCCAAGUCGCAGUUCAAGCGCCGCUCGACCGCCAACAACGUCGAGAUUGUCAUUCCGGUGCCGGCGGACGCCGACUCGCCCAAGUUCAAGACCACCAUCGGCAGCGUCAAGUACGCGCCCGAGCAGAACGCCAUCACCUGGACGAUCAAGUCGUUCCCGGGCGGCAAGGAGUAUCUGAUGCGGGCCCACUUUGGGCUGCCCAGCGUCGAGUGCGAGGACUCGGAGGGCAAGCCGCCGAUACAGGUCAAGUUCGAGAUACCGUACUUUACCACGUCCGGCAUUCAGGUCCGCUACCUGAAGAUCAUCGAGAAGAGCGGCUACCAGGCCUUGCCGUGGGUUCGCUACAUCACCCAGAACGGGGACUAUCAGCUGCGAACGAACUAGAAGAAAAAAUGGUAGAGGAUGAAAAUGAAAGAAAUCACAAAACACACAGAAGGGCAACACAUUCUACUUAUAAAUAUUUCCACAACCCCUUCGGUUCAGACAGUUUAGAAUUGUGCAGCAUUUUUAAGAAGGAAAAGACGAUUGUAACGAGUCAUGUUUAGAAGCGAAAUCCUCCCAUUAGUUAUUUUUUUUUGUGUCUGUAAGAUGUCAUGCAUGCGGCAGAAUUGUUUAAGCAAAAGUCCUUUAAAAGUAGUGAGAAAAUCAUGGAAAAAAAAUAACCAACAGUUAGCGUUGAAGUGCAGAUGAAAGUAUUACGAAUCAAAAGCAAAA